ACCGAGGACGCCCAGGUCCGCUACUUCCUCCUGGCGCCGCUGUGUCUGCGCGAUCCUCGCCCCAACUUCUGUCGCCUCGCAGGGUGUUUUCCUGGGAGAGAACCUCUUUCCAAUUUGAAAAGUCGCGGAUCUUAAUGCAGCUUCAAGCUAUAGAGCCGUGGGCUACCUUGUAAUCGAUAAAAAGAUAUGUUUAGACCUCGGCUCAGGAGAGCGCACCCUUGGGGCUUUCUUCGCACGUAGGGGAGAUUCUUGCUCUUUUCUAUUCAUUGUGGCGACUUUAAGUGAGGGUGGGCGGUAGGGCCAACCCUCUUGGAGCGGGCGGGAGAGGGCGGUGGCCACGGAGGUUCCCCGCGCAGUGCCUCCUCGGCUGCCCGUUGGGGCGUCGGCAGGAGUGGCCCCGACAGAAGACCAUGGGGACAUAAAAGGCGCGGCGUCUCGCCAAGGGGCCCGCGUGGGGAGGGUCGGCCCCGAACCCUGUUAGGGCUCAGCGCCAGGAGACCCCUAGCCCCAGAGCCCGCCCUGUCCCGGGAGGUCCCCGCGGACGCCGCCCAGUUCGGGUGGCACUCAGCGGAGCCGGGGCCGGGAAAGCCGCGUGGGCGCCAGGGGGGUCGCCCGCCUUCCAGAACUCGGCCCUCCGUGUCCGCGUGGCGGCAGGCUCCGUCCUGGCCCAGGCAGGAGGAGGAGCGGCCCCGCAUCGGGGUGGCCCAGGGAGGCCGGACACAACCCGGAGCAGGAGGCUGAGGGCCAGCCAGAGGGCAGAGGCUGAAGCCAGAAACUGGAGUCGUCGGGGACAAAGUGCAUUUUCCCUUUCCUUUCACUUCCUGACGGGCAAAAGCAGAUUCGUGAGCCCGGGACCAUCUAAAAUGUUCAGACACGUAGGUAAUAACGUUUGCUUGUGAGUUCCGGAGAUCGGCCUGGAGAAAGCCGGCUGGAGGUGGGAGGCCAGCGGGACCGGAGGUUUGCAUCUAACAGAAUGUGAAGGGGACCGGAUAACCUAGGACGCACGAGAAUUGCUAACCGAUAAAGAUGUACGACUGAGGGAGCAGAGACUUCCAUGGGAAAACCUGUCCAGGAAUGGAGCCAACGCAAAGGAAUACAGAACUGACAGAGGCUUACAGGAUGGCCUCAGAGCUGGAACAGUUAUGCUGCCAUGUUAAUGAAAAGAUUGGCAAUAUUAGAAAGACCCUGUCGCUGAGAAACCUUGGCCAAGAACCUACCUUGAAGAAUGUAUUAAAUAAAAUAGGAGGCGAGAUCUUUGCAGUAAAUGAACUACUAAAUAAAUUGGAAUUGGAAAUUCAAUAUCAAGAACAAACCAACAGUUCCCUUAAGGAACUCUGUGCAUCUCUUGAAGAAGAUUAUAAAGAUGUGGAACAUCUCAAAGAAAACAUCCCUUGCCAUUUGCCUCAAGUAACCGUAACCCAGAACUUGGUUAAUGGGUCCGAUGUGGAACCUGAAGAGCUAGUCAAAGUUGAGGAACCUGCACCCAUGAAGAAGCCCCCCAAAGAACAAAGAAGUAUUAAGGAAAUGCCACUUGUCACUACCGAUGAGUUUAAUGGUGUUCCUGCGUACAUGAAAUCCCGCUUAACCUAUUGUCAAAUUAAUGAUGUUAUUAAAGAAAUCAACAAGGCAGUAAUUAGUAAAUACAAGAUCCUCCAUCAACCAAAAGCAUCUAUGAAUUCUGUGACCAGAAAUCUGUAUCACAGAUUUAUUAAUGAAGAGACAAAAGAUACCAAAGGUCAUUAUUUUAUAGUGGAAGCUGAUAUAAAGGAGUUCACAGCUUUGAAAGUUGACAAGAGAUUUCAUGUGAUAAUGAACAUUUUACGACACUGCCGGAGGCUAUCGGAGGUCCGAGGGGGCGGACUCACCCGCUAUGUUAUAACCUGAGGCCCUUGUGAGCUUUUGAACUGAGCAGCGGUAGAGUAUGCAGGCUAUCCUGGAAUUGCCAUAUAUAUAAUUUUGUUAGCUACUUUAUUUCCUUUCUCUGUUUUGUAUGAAAAUACAACUUAUUUUUGGAUAAAGCUUAUGUAUUUCAGAGUUCCAUUUCUUUCAGCAAAUAUUUAACCACCUGUCUAAGCCUCUGUACUAGGUACAUAAUUGAACUAAGUGGUGCUCAUAUCCAGUUGUUGUGUUUAGUGAGCAGUAAUGAGACCCUAAUGAGAUGGGUGCAGUUGUGACAUUGGAGGAAAAAGGUUAAGAAGAUAAAAUCAAGGAUACUCAGGCCCUCUGGAAUAAAAGGUCAUUGGUGUCUAAACUCCAUCAGCAGCAUCGCCAUCUGUGGGCAACUUCCUAGAAGUUGGAUUCAGAGGCAGCUUAUCCGCCUGAUGAUUUGUGCUUCUUGAAUGUCCUGAGGGAGCAGCUUACCUGAAAUGCAUUUCAUAUAAACCAGUCUGUAAACCUCCAACUGUAAUCAGAGAGUAAUAAAAGAGCAUUGAGCUGAUGUCAAACUGUGGUAGAAUAAGGAACGUGUGUUUGAUCUUUGCUCCCCAGUUUCCUGUGCAGAGCUCCUGAAACCCUGGGAAUGUUCCGAGUGUUGGGGGUGUACCUUUAGUUCUGGCAUUUGGCCUUUGACCCCAGUUCCUGACACAGACCUCCAGAAUCCCUUUGGAUUUCCUGGUGUAGAGGUGUGUUCUGUUCUCAUGAGGCUGCGCUCGCUGGCUCCUGGAGAGCUUGAGGGUGGCCAUAAAGACCCAGCUGUGAUGGAAGCUUCCAACUUUAGCUUCCCUGGCCUGUCCCACCCCCUAGCGGGGGUGGGGGGGCUGGAGAUUGAAUUAAUAAUCCAUCAUGCCUGUGUGAUGAAGGCAUCAAAACCCAUUCACUGUGGGGUUUGGAGCUACUGGGCUGGUGAACAUCUGGAUGUCUGCAGGUGCACUCCAAAUCUACAAGGACAGAGUUCCUGCCCCCAGACCCCUCUAAGACCUUGCCCUGAGAACCUCGUCAUCUGACUGUUCAUACGUCUGAGUGCUUGAGCGCAUCCUUUGUAAUACAGUGGUAAAUGGAAGCAAAGUGGUUCCCUGGGUUCUGUGAGUCAUCCUGUUGUCAAACCUGAGGUGCCAGUGGGAACCCCUGAUUUGUAGCCCAGUUGGAGAGAAGGGGGGAAACCUGGGACCCAAUGGUUGUGAUUGGUGUCUGAAGUGGGGGUCAGUCUGGCGAGACUGAGCCCUCAGGCGAAAUCUGUUCUAACUGCAGGCAGUUGGAAUCAGAUUGAGUUGUAUGACAUCCAGCUGGUGUCCGGAUAUCGGAUGAUUGACUGAUAAGGAAAAAAACAUCACGCAGUUGGUGUCUGCAUGUGAAGGCUGCAUAGGAUAAAACAGUUUUCCCCAGUGAGAGGAAACAUGAUGAAAUAGCAUGUGUGAGCGGGUUGAAGGUGGUCAUGGGAAACGGGUUAUUAGAUUGCAAAAUCUUAGCGUGUUUCUCCUCCACACCCGGGGAGACUGCGGCGUGUCCGUGGCGGUGCCAUCUGCUGGCGGGCUUAUCCCUGCAGCAGAGCGCGUCUCAGCAGGCCCUGUGGCCUGGUUACCACCUGGUCACACACUGCCUGGUAGACACUCGGAUCUGCUCUUAGCCUUCCUUCCCCCUAAUAUACAUACAUACAUACAUACAUAUAUAUAAAUGUUUAAUCUUUCAUGCCUUGAUCUAAGUAAAAAUAAUGGCAUUAUUCUUUGUUUUGAGUUUUGCUUGAUUUUUCUCUGAUUUGCUUGGUUUUUCUGUUUAAAAUAUUUCUUUAUUAAACACCAUGUCAAUAAGUUGGUUUUGUUUUUGUUAAAUUAAUAGUGAGGUGAAUGCUUCCAUAGCCUUGGAAACUCAUGACAGGAGCCUCGGGUGGUUACUGACACCAUAAAUAAGAGUGUCAAUUGUUAAAUCAACAACAGGAGUCACUGUGCACUUGCUCCCCAUGUAAGACCUCUGUCCUUAAUGUGUUGUACUAUGAGAAUUAACAUUAAAACUAGUCUUCAAACAGUA